GCCUAGUCCCCGCCCCGGCCGUCAGCCUGUCGCCUCUGGCUCGGGCCAGGCGACGAGACCCUCCCUCAGCACCUGCAGUGCAGCCAGAGCCGGUGCGGCGGCCGCGACUUGCCCGACGCGGGGCGCUGAGAAGCAGUGAGUGCCUGUGUGUACCUGCUGGCCGGGAAUAUAGGACUUGUCGUAUCUCAGCCCUUCCCUCCCGGAGCGGGGGCGAGAGGUCGAGGCGGGGAGGCGAAGGGGCGGUGGGCCGCGAGGGAGAGGGAGCGAUGGGGUGGACGUCCUUCAAGGCCGGGGAACACGCGGGGCUUUCCAGGCCGCGGGGGACGGUGGCGGGUGUCGGGGCGCGGUGGCAACGCUGGAGUUCCCGGGUCCACCGGCGCGGUCAGCCCUGGUGACCCAAGCAGAGGCUGGGGAGCAAUCUGAGACCAUUGCGGCUGGGCUGUGGGGCUCCCCAGUCCCGGCAGGUCCUGGCGCCGCUGUACAUAGAAACCGUUGCCACGGCGGGAGGAUGCCGUUUCUUUUCGGUCUCCGACUGCAGGUGGCGGUCGGCCCUGUGGAUGCAGGAAAGAGGGUGCCUCGGUGGGAGAGACCCAGCUUGUCGCGUUAGUAGGCCCAAGCAGUUUGAACUGGAGCUAUGACCACCAAAGAUUAUCCAUCAUUGUGGGGCUUUGGAACAACAAAAACAUUUAAAAUUCCCAUUGAACAUCUGGAUUUCAAAUACAUUGAAAAAUGUUCAGAUGUUAAACAUCUGGAAAAAAUUCUUUGCGUGCUCAGGUCUGGUGAGGAAGGAUAUUAUCCUGAACUUACAGAAUUUUGUGAAAAGCAUCUUCAAGCCUUGGCCCCUGAAAGUAGAGCUUUGAGGAAAGAUAAACCAGCAGCAACAGCAGCCAGUUUUACAGCUGAAGAAUGGGAAAAAAUUGAUGGUGAUAUAAAGAGUUGGGUAUCAGAAAUUAAAAAAGAAGAAGAUAAAAUGCACUUUCAUGAAACUGAGACAUUUCCAGCAAUGAAAGAUAAUUUGCCUCCAGUUCGUGGUUCAAACAGCUGUCUUCAUGUAGGCAAGGAAAAAUAUUCUAAAAGACCAACUAAAAAGAAAACUCCAAGGGAUUACGCGGAAUGGGAUAAAUUUGACGUGGAGAAGGAAUGUUUAAAAAUUGAUGAAGAUUACAAAGAAAAGACGAUAAUAGACAAGUCACACUUGUCUAAAAUUGAGACAAGAAUAGAUACAGCAGGUCUAACUGAGAAAGAAAAGGAUUUUCUUGCCACUCGUGAAAAGGAGAAAGGAAAUGAAGCUUUCAACUCAGGAGAUUAUGAAGAAGCAGUGAUGUAUUAUACCAGGAGCAUAUCAGCGCUUCCCACUGUAGUUGCCUAUAACAAUCGAGCUCAAGCAGAAAUCAAAUUACAGAACUGGAAUAGUGCUUUUCAGGAUUGUGAAAAGGUCUUGGAGUUAGAACCUGGAAACGUAAAGGCUCUUCUGCGUCGUGCUACUACAUAUAAACAUCAAAACAAGCUCCAGGAAGCUAUGGAAGAUUUGAGUAAAGUACUAGAUGUUGAGCCUGAUAAUGAUUUGGCCAAGAAAACCUUGUCAGAGGUUGAAAGAGAUCUGAAAAAUUCUGAAGCUGCAUCUAAGACUCAAACCAAAGGGAAAAGGAUGGUUUUUCAGGAAAUAGAAAACUCCGAAGAUGAAGAAGGAAAAGACAGCGGAAGAAAAUAUGAAGAUGGCGGUGGAGAUAAGAAGCCCGCGGAGCCGGUGGGAGCCGCGCGCGCCGCCCAGCCGUGCGUCAUGGGCAACAUCCAGAAGAAGCUGACUGGCAAAGCCGAGGGCGGCAAGCGGCCGGCAAGGGGCACGCCGCGGCGGGGCCAGACCCCGGAGGCCGGCGCGGACAAGCGGAGCCCACGGCGGGCUUCUGCGGCGGCGGCGGCGGCGGGCGGCGGGCAGGGCGCGGAGAACCCUGCCAGCCUGAAGAGCCAGGGCAACGAGCUGUUCCGAAGCGGACAGUUCACCGAGGCGGCCGGCAAGUACUCAGCGGCAAUCGCGCUCCUGGAGCCGGCAGGAAGUGAAAUUGCAGAUGAUCUAAGUAUCUUAUAUUCAAAUAGAGCAGCAUGUUACCUAAAAGAAGGAAACUGCAGUGGCUGCAUUCAAGAUUGUAACAGGGCUCUGGAACUUCAUCCAUUCUCUAUGAAACCUCUUCUGAGGCGGGCGAUGGCCUAUGAAACUCUAGAGCAGUAUGGGAAAGCUUAUGUGGAUUAUAAAACAGUGUUGCAGAUAGACUGUGGACUCCAGCUAGCAAAUGACAGUGUUAACAGGCUAUCAAGAAUUUUAAUGGCGCUGGAUGGACCAAAUUGGCGGGAGAAGCUGUCACCUAUUCCUGCUGUGCCUGCUUCUGUGCCACUGCAAGCUUGGCAUCCGGCAAAAGAGAUGAUCUCAAAACAAGCAGGAGACUCCAGCAGCUAUCACCAGCAGGGCAUCACAGAUGAAAAAACAUUUAAAGCCCUUAAGGAAGAAGGAAAUCAAUGUGUAAAUGACAAAAACUAUAAAGACGCCCUCAGUAAAUACAGCGAAUGCUUAAAGAUUAACAAUAAGGAAUGUGCCAUAUAUACAAACAGAGCUCUCUGUUACUUGAAGCUGUGCCAGUUUGAAGAAGCAAAGCAGGACUGUGAUCAGGCACUUCAGCUAGCUGAUGGGAACGUGAAAGCCUUCUAUAGACGAGCUCUGGCUCAUAAAGGACUCAAGAAUUAUCAGAAAAGCUUAAUUGAUCUCAAUAAAGUUAUCCUACUAGACCCAAGUAUUAUUGAGGCAAAGAUGGAACUGGAAGAGGUAACUAGACUCCUUAAUCUUAAGGAUAAGACAGCACCAUUCAACAAAGAAAAGGAGAGAAGGAAAAUUGAGAUUCAAGAGGUGAAUGAAGGCAAGGAGGAGGAGCCUGGAAGACCUGCAGGGGAGGUCUCCACGGGAUGCCUUACUUCUGAGAAGGGAGGCAAAAGCAGCAGGUCACCAGAAGACCCUGAGAAACUUCCGAUAGCCAAGCCUAAUAAUGCCUAUGAAUUUGGUCAGAUUAUAAAUGCUCUCAGUACCAGGAAGGAUAAAGAAGCCUGUGCACAUCUUUUAGCCGUCACUGCACCAAAAGAUUUGCCGAUGUUUUUAAGUAACAAACUUGAAGGGGAUACAUUCCUUCUCCUCAUUCAGUCUCUGAAAAAUAAUCUUAUUGAAAAAGAUCCCUCAUUGGUGUAUCAGCAUCUUUUAUACCUGAGUAAAGCAGAAAGGUUUAAGAUGAUGUUGACACUAAUUAGCAAGGGCCAAAAGGAGCUAAUUGAACAGCUGUUUGAGGACCUUUCGGACACACCAAACAACCAUUUUACUUUAGAAGAUAUACAGGCCCUAAAAAGGCAGUAUGAGCUUUAAAUCAAGAUAAUUGUUAGAUUUCUUCCAUGCAUGUAUGUGUUCCAGGAAUGUUAAUGAGAUGGUAUUGUAAAAGAGUUGCAUGGAUCAAACUUGGCCUAGAAAAGUUUGGUCUGCACUAUAAAACAUUUUACUUAUUUUCCUACAUAGAACAUGUAUAUUCUACAAUCUGCUUUUUAUUAGUUGUAAAUAUUUUCUUAUGUACCAGAACCAAAUAAGUAUAUUUAGAACUUGUUAAAAAUACAUUUUAAUUUAUGAUAUACAUAUUAUUUUAGUUACUUGUUAAAAUUUUGAGUUAAGUUGCAUUUCUUUGGGCUAUGAAGGAGUCCUCUUAAGUUUGAUAGAAAUGAAUUUCUAUUAACAUUCUUUUUUAAAAGUGGAAGUCAUUAACAGUGAUUAUUAUAUCACUUAUAUCCUGCUAAGAUACACAUAAAUCCCAUUUUGUACUAGUACCUGUGGAUUACAGUCAGUUAAAAUGAAAUGCAACACUGAAGUCUAUAACAUGAAAUGAUUAUUAAAUUGUUUAUUAAUUUAGAGCUAUAAAAGGAACUUAUUUUUUCUAAUAUGGAAGCAUUGCCUAAUAAUUAAGAACAAAAAUUGCCAAAAAUUUCUACCACUUUUUACUAGAUUUUAAAAAGCUACUUUCUUUUAUAUAUUGCUUAUAUAAGCAAAAAACCAACCAUUGUAUUAAAGCAAACUAAGCCUGCAUUUAUAUCUGAAUUAUUACCUCCAUAUUUUACCAAACAUUUGAAUGUCCCCCUUCCCCCUUUUUUGUUUUCUGCUUUUAUGACUGUAUUUAUUCCUUUACUGUAAAAGAAUAUGAAGAACUCAUAGAAGUUGAAAGCUCCUUUGUUGACUGGGUCAAAGUGAAGGAAUUUCAGUCUCCAUCAGUGUACUGUCAUUUAUUUCUGCGGUCUGUAGUGCGUUCCCCCUUUCUGGAGCAUUUUCUUAUUCACUUAGAAGUGAAGAUGAAAGUUAGUAUCAUGUUUACUAUUUCCAUAUUCAUUAUUUUAUCUAAUCUUUUAUAGUUAUAGAAUAUUUUAACUCAUCUUGGGUAAAUAGUAUCUUUCAAACUGUGCCAUUUUUCUUUGAAACUGCUUUCUUUGUUCAUAAGUGAAAAAUCUGUAAUGGGACUUUAGUCUUCAAACAAAAUUUCUCCUUUUUAAUGUUAUUGAAUUUUUAUAAAAGUAAAUGGUGGAUUGUUAGAAAUGUAUCCUAUGUAUGGAGUUUACUUACAGAAAUGGGACCACUCUUUUCCUAUACAUAGCAACUUGAAAUUAACUUUAGAGACAAAAGGGAACUUUCUCUUUUGGUGCCUGACACAGUGACAUUAAUAACUGUAGGUGAUUUUGUUGAGCUUUGUGAUAGGCACUGUGUGUCAUUUAUCACACAUUGUCUAAUUUAAUCUUCAUAACUCUGCUACAGAUGAGGAAACAAUGGAACAGAAGGUUGUAUAAAUUAAUGAGGAUUUACAAAUGUUGCAAGUGGUCUCUCCAGGAUCCAAACCUGGGCAGUCUAUCUUUUGAGUUCAUAUACUCUGUGCUGUGUAAUGGAAAAUAUUAAAUAUGUGAAUGGA